AGGAUGCUCAAAAUAGUUGAGUUGUACUGCAAUUGCAGUUCUGCAUCGUGGGACACUUGCCCGACUUGCCCAAGCUUCAGGCAUUCCUGGCCGGAAGGCUGGAGCCGUCCUGGAUGAGCGAACUUCCUGAUGAAGACCGUCAGGAGACAACUGGAUCAGUUCGUAAGCUUGUUGGACGUCAGUGUCGGCAAGUGGUGGAGGAGAGCCCCUUUGAAGCUCUCAUCGAGGGCUACGAUGAAUGGAGAAGAGAUCAUCAGAUGCGGACCUUGCAGUUGGACAUUCUAGCGCCCAUGCUUGCCACAUGGAAUAUCACUGUGUGGCGACUGGAUUUUGGUGUGAAUGAGGUGUGGUCGUGGACACUGGAAGUUAGCCACUUGCAGAAGUGCCCCUCUGAUGUGCUCAGAAGUAUCUCAGCUGGAUAUUCUGGCUACUUCUUCGUGCAUGCAAAUGCCAGGCGCACUGGUCGAAAGCUGCAGCGACUGAAGAAGUUGGACCCAGACUUCGGGAAGGUUCUGAACUUUGUCGACAAGCACAGUAAUGCAAAGAUAGGCGGUCUGCAGCCUUUUGAUUCAGCUGCGUGUGACGAUCGUAUGGCAUCGCAUCACACUGGAGUCGUUUUAUUUUUGUCUCAAGACCUUGCAAAUGACGGUAUAUAAAAUUUGACGAGUUUACAUGCUGUUCAGCGUAAUUGAUCGGUGGGAGGGUGAAAACAAAGCCUGUUUGCAGGAAUAUAGUUAUGUUAUAUAAUUAUACGGGUAUACCUUUUUCACUUACAGUCAGCCAGUUGUUUGAUGUGACGUCAUAAUCCCCAGCGUUGUGCAAUGCCGCGCCGACAAUUUUGCUCAUUGGCUUUGCAGGUCUUUGUAGGACAAAUGGCCGCCUUUCGUGGUCUUAUGAGACUUGC